AUGGCUGCUAUGCAGGAGCCCAGCGAGCCCAGAAGGGAGCCCUUUAAACUCCUAGGAAUUUUAUAUGUUGAAAAUAUCCCCUGUCCACAGGAUUCAAUACUACACAUUUCAUUAGGAUCUGCUGUGGCUGGCCUCGGACAUUUUUUGUUAACUAGUAGAAUAAGAAGAUCAUGUGGUGUUGGAGUAGGAGGAUCAAUAUGACUUUAGAAUGGCUGGUUCCCCCCCAGGUACAGUUAUGCAAAGCAACAAAUCCAGGAAAGAAUUGCUGGAGGAGGAAUUAAAACUAAGAUUUUAUAUGAAAGUACCCACCUUGAUCCUGAAAGAAAACAAACCAACAGCUCUAACAGCAAUUAA